AUGCCUGCGAAACAGUUCUACUUGCUGGGCGAGGCCAUCACCUCAGCCCGAGGCGUUGAUAUCGAGUCCAACACCGAUAUCGAAGGCCUCCAGCUAUUAAUUGCCGGUCAAUUUGCAAUCGUCGAGCCAAACGGCAUUGGCUUCCAAACCGAAGAUGCCACUCUCAGCACUCCAGCAGAGCUGCUGGCUUGUGAAACUCCAAUCGCCAUCUCAAUAGAUGGCAAAUCCGUCCGAGAAAUCCCAGGACCAAAAGGCCUCCCCUUCGUAGGCAAUUUCUUUGAGAUCUACCCAGACCACCUGGGCAACCACCAGCGUCUAUUCGAUCAAACUCUCCUCAAUCGUCUUCGCCGAGUCAGACUUCUUCACCAAGAAGAUUCAAGAAGGCCACCCCUCCACCCAAUCAAGAACCAGCAAGCAGGUGUCUUCCUCGGUGACACCGAUACACCAGAAUGGCGUGCAGCACACAAGUUCCUGCCUCCGGCAUUAGGACCGAAGGCUGUGCGACACUAUGCGCCGACCAUGCAGGAGACCGUCGAAGAUGCGUUUAGCGUCUUUGACGAGCUUGAUGAGCGUGGUGAGGCGUGGAACGUUUACCAGUAUAUGCUUAAGCUGGGUUCGCAGGCCGUUGGCAAGUUAGUUCUUGGUAUGGACUUUAAGCAUUUCUCUGCUGUUGAUGCGCCGCCUCACGAACUUGUCUACCGCAUUGCGGAGUCAUUGGAGCUUAACAAGAAGGUUACUGCUCGUGGUGAUUGGUAUGCCAAGAUGCCCUUUGGAGAUCCUAAACGGCUGAGAGAUGCCCGUGGACGCAUUAUUGAAAUGGUCAACGAGUCUAUUGCCAAUGCUUCCCGGGGUGGUGUUGAAGAUUUGCCGUUACAGGAUGCUGCAUUGAAGGCGGAUAACAUGAUUGACUACAUCAUCCGCGCCACAGACAACAAAGGCGAAAAACUCCCCAAAACCAGUCUAAUGGAAGCCCUAGUCGUCGCCACCGGCGCAGGCUUCACCACAACAAGCUCCCUCCUCUCCUGGCUCCUCUACUCCCUGGUCAACUACGAAGGAAUGCAAGAGCGCCUCCUUCAAGAACUGAUCGACAACGACAUUGAUGAAAACACGCCCAUGACCGCCGACCUCACAGACCGUCUUACCUUCCUCGACAAAUUCAUCAAGGAAACCCAACGCCGCCACAACCCUUCCUACCAACCGGCACGUACAGCACGCGUCGACAUGAUCCUGCCCGGCGGUUACAAGCUGCCCCAGGAUGCAAUCGUCAUCCCAGCCCUACACCACAUCCACAACAAUCCCGCCGUGUGGAACAACCCCGCGCGCUUCGAUCCUGAUCGAUGGGAUACGGAUGAUGUCAAGAACAGACAUAAGGCUGCGUAUGUGCCGUUUGCUGCGGGGCCUAGGAUGUGUAUUGGUUUCAGUUUUGCGCUGCAGGAGGUCAAGGUUUUCCUCCCCAAGCUGCUGUAUCGGUAUCGCUUUACGCGUGAGAAUGAUGGCGCUGUCGAGUAUGAUCCUAUGUUCCAGUUGAUUCGGCCGACGAAUUUGUAUGUUCGUGCUGAGCGGCGGGUGAAGUGGCCUGUUAAGACAGAAAACUAG